ACAGCAACAGCAAACCCUCGUCGCUUCCAUCCCGCAUCUCGCCGCCGGCUGGCACCUCGAACGAACGCGCUCACCUCCCUCGGAUCUGCGCCUCGCCGUACUCCCAACGAACGUCACUGAACGGACGGACGGACGCCGGAUUCGCCUGCUCGAUCACGGCGCCACCACCGCCGGAUUUGACAAGGCCACACACACGACCCUAGAGCCCCUUCCAUGCAGUCGAGGUCGCGCAUUCGUGGCCGCGACCCACCCUCAGCCUCAGGGGGAGGAGGAGCAGGAGCACGAGGAGGUGGAGGACGCUACCGCCGCCGCUCGCCGCCGCCGCCCUCACCGCGCCGCCCUCCACAGCCGCAGAGGCGCAGCCCCGAGCGGCCCCCACCGCCGCGCUACGACGACAACAUCGACCGGCGUUCGCGCGCCGACAUCCUGCUCGAGGCCGGCCGCCUCGCCGCGCACUACUUGGUCCAACAAGGCGUCCUCCCCGUGCACGUCCUCCGGGCCAGGGAAGACCCCCCAAAUCACAAACGCCACGACCCACCCGCCACCGCCACCGCCACCGCCACCGCCAGCUACGGGAGGAAGCUAGACGACGACCCGAGAUCGCGGCGGAACGCUGGGGACUGGGGCCGCCGCGCAAGGGAGGAGGAUCGCGACAGGCAACCCCGGAGCUCCAACUGGGACAGGAGGACCCAAAGCUUUGACGGCAGGCGUAAGUACAACGACGCCGGCGAUGCCGACCGGGGUGGCCGCCGGACGCGCGAGUACCAGGAGCCCAAGAGACCCCCAAUGUCGAGGUCCUAUUCACAUAACGAUCGCCGCCCUUCCGCUGAUAGCAGAGUGGAUCCAAGGAGAAGGAGCAGGAGCAGGAGCAGGAGCAGGACCAGGAGCUACCACGCUGGAAGCAGGAGAGAUUCUGACUGCCGACCAGGCGGUCGUGAUCUCAAUCGCACCAAGGUGCCGCCAGACACUGGCACUAUUCCUCCUCCUCCUCCUCCUCCUCCUGCUGCUGCUGCUGCUGCUGCUGAUGGUGAUGUUGAUGUCAUGACAAGGCAGCAGAGGGUACCUAGUUCAGUGGUGGUUGCAGAAGCGGAUGGCAGAGCCAGUAUAGCAAUGGUGGCUAUGGAAGGCGGGGUGAUGGAGUCGGAGACCAUCCCACUAGACAUUUCUGAAGACGAGGAAGGUGAGUUUGCUCAAGGCAUUUCUCAAGACGAGGAUGGUGAGUUUGCAGCUACUCCCUUGAAUGAUGAAUGUGGUGAUGGAAUGGAUGUCAUCACCCAGCCUCAACUGUCUGAUGCUCAUGUUCAUCUUCAUCCAUCGGAAUCUGUUGAACAACUGGUGUGUAGCCACUCCCAGCUCAGCAAUGUUGCAGUGGAAAUGGAAGCUGCCAGUGCACCCAUGGAUGCAUCUUUCAUAGAACCCCUGGGUGAGGACAAUGGCUGCUCUCAAGUAAGGGACGAAAUGGAGGCUCCACCUCCACAGAGUGAAGUUGAGACUAUUGUUGGCGAUCUUAACAGGGAUGAACAAGAGCUGCCAGCUUGGUACAGAAUUUUUGACCUCAGCACUGUAGAAGCUCCAGAUGGCUGUGAAAUUACUGAGAUUCCUGGUGAUCCUCCCGCAGAUCAUGUUUCUGAACCUGCACCUUAUCUAGCUGGUCAGAUACACCAGCAACCUAACAAUGAUGCUUCAGAAGAUGAGCAUGCAGGGGAUAAUCGCGUAUUGGGCGAUCGGCAUGGUUUGAACAAGUAUGAUCUGAACAAUGGGGCUGAUGAACACGCACAGGAUGAUACUUCAGAUAUUCAAGGUCAGGAUGAGCAUGCGGGGGAUAAUCACCCCUUCAAGGAUGGACAUGAUUUGAAUAGAUAUGAUCUGAACAAUGAGGUUGUUGAAGAUGCACAGGAUAAUUACAUGUUGGACAAUGAGAAAUUACUCCUAAAUCAUGGCAUGGGUGCACACGACACGGUUAGAUUCCACCUGAGCAAUGGGCAAUUGCUUCUGAAUCAAAACGAGGAUGAACAGGAAUGUGACGACCACUGGAUGGAGAACCACCCCGUGAGUGGUGAGCCGCUCCUGCUAAGUCAUGGUGCAGACAGACAUAAUGUCAAUAAUCACCAAAUAGAAUCAAAGGUCAUGCUUUUACCUACAGGUAUGCGUGAUUUGCAUGGCUAUGAUCUGAAUAGUGAGCAAAUGCUUCUACAUGAUGGUGUAGAGAAACAUGCACUUGAUAGUUGCCAUUUGACGGGUGGGCAAAUGCUUUUCGAUCAAUCAGCAGAUGGACAGGCUAGAGAACACAACAUGGGUAAUGGCCGAACAAUUCCUGUAAUUAAUCUGGAAGAUGACUAUGAAGACCAGUCUGAUACUAGGGGGUUUCUCUAAUCCAAAUUGCAGGUAUGAAUGCCUGGAACCUGCCACCCUCGGAGGUCGUGGAUCCCAUGUUUGUGCAGUGGGACCCCUAGAUUCUGAACCAGCUCGACGGUAUCCUGGACGAUGGGCAAGCGGAUUUGGUGAAGCUGGUUGGGUCGGUCAUAGUUGUGUAAGCUGUGAGGCGGUAGUCCUUCCUUUUAGAUUCUUCUUACAACCAACUAGAGGUACUCUUAUUAGUUUGUAUGCUGUGAUUUUCUUUGCCGGUAUUAGUGUAGAUGAUGAGGCCUGGCCGGCAUAGCCAGUAGGCGUAGCUGAUCGAAUACUAGCUAGCUAGGUGACAUGGCACAUAAUUUUGACUAGCAUGCGUGCUGUAUGCGAGGCAUGGCCAAGCAUAGGCAAGGCUCGUUUAUUUAGCUUAUGGCUUGACAUUUGCAAUGUUGAGAGAUGCAUGCAUGGGAUGGGAUUCUUGACAAGCACAGCACCACCGCCGACCGACCGCCUUGCCGACGAUGUGUUUGGAGGUUUGGUGGUGUUGCUGAGCAGUGAGCAGUGAACAUGCAUGCGCUGCUGAGGUGAUUGAUGGUCAUCCAUAUGGCUGCAUUCCAGUGUAUGUAUAGAUUAUCUGUAGCGUAAGGAGAGCAAGUGGAAGCAGUUAUUUUA